AUGGAAAUAGAUAAGGGCGACGGACCAGCCGUCACUAUCAGAGAGACUGACAGAGACCACGUGAAUUUCAUCUUGAAAGAUGUGGAUUUGUCGGUGGCAAACUCCAUCAGAAGAACCAUGCUUGCCGAGGUGCCCACUUUGGCUAUCGACUUGGUGGAAAUCGAAGUCAAUACAUCCGUUUUAGCAGACGAAUUCUUGUCACACAGAUUGGGACUCAUCCCAUUGAUAAGUGAAGGCAUCGAGAGCUUGUCAUACUCCAGAGACUGUACCUGUGAUAACUACUGCCCAAAGUGUUCCGUCAAGCUUGAGUUAACCGCCAAAUGCGAUACCGACUCCACCAUGAACGUCUACUCGUCAGAUUUAGCCAAAUUUCACAACGGUUCCAGGCUCGGGGAUCCAGUAAUAAGAGAUGCCAACCGCAGGGGUCCAUUGAUCUGUAAGCUCAGAAAGCAUCAAGAACUCAGAAUUACAUGUAUUGCCAAGAAGGGUAUUGCAAAGGAACACGCCAAAUGGUCACCAUGUGCAGCCGUCGGUUUCGAGUACGAUCCAUGGAACAAGUUGAAGCACACCGAUUACUGGUACGAAAUAGACGCCAACGAAGAAUGGCCCAAGUCGGCAAACUGCGAAUGGGAAGAAAUGCCAGAUCCAGAUGCCCGUUUUGAUUACAAGGCAAAGCCAUCGAAUUACUACUUUGACCUUGAAAGUGUGGGAAAUUUACCACCAAACGAGGUUGUCAUCAGAGGUAUUGAAACUUUACAAUUAAAGUUGGCAGGUAUUUCCGUGGAAUUGAACAAGCACAGCGUCGAAGGAAGCAAUGCCAAUGCUGGUGGUUUCACCACCUAUGGUAGAACGGAUUAUGGUGGCGAUUCUCCAAAUGGGGAUGGUACUCCUUAUGGCGAUGAAGGUGGAUUCGGUGGAGGAUCUAAUUGGAAUUAA